AUGGUGGAAGUGUGGUACAUGGACGAGUCCCCGGACGACCCGAGGAAACCCCACCGACCGGAGCCCAGUCGCCCGGUCGGCCUGGAGCAACUGCGUCGGCUCGGUGUAUUUUACUGGAAAUUGGAUGCAGACAAUUAUGAGAAUGACCCAGAAUUAGAAAAGAUCCGUAAAGAGAGAAACUACUCUUGGAUGGACAUAAUCACAGUAUGCAGAGAGCAACUACCCAACUAUGAAGAAAAGAUUAAAAUAUUUUAUGAGGAACAUUUACAUUUGGAUGAUGAAAUUCGAUAUAUUUUGGAUGGGAGUGGUUAUUUUGAUGUAAGAGAUAAAGAGGACAAGUGGAUCCACAUUUUCAUGGAGAAAGGAGACAUGAUAACCCUUCCUGCGGGAAUGUAUCACCGUUUCACACUCGAUGAAAAGAACUAUGUAAAAGCAAUGCGGCUAUUUGUUGGAGAGCCAGUGUGGACAGCCUACAACCGGCCUGCUGACCAUUAUGACGCUCGAGAACAGUACAUGAAGUUCUUGGCACAGAUAGCCUAAGGGCGCUCGCUGAUAAUUGAGCAGAGAAACACCCAUUUUUCCUUUGCCUUUAUUUUAGACUUAGGGCUAGGUUAUCUUUCUUUUGCAAGAUUAUUUGAUCAGAAUUUUUUUUAAUUAAUCAUUUUAUUGGGGGCUCUUACAGCUCUUAUAAUGAUCCAUACAUCAAU